CGGCAGCGAGAAGAAUAUGAAUGCACAGUAUCAGGUAAGAAUUAUGAAACUGUUCAUUCACGCUAUCGUUUUUAAACCUGCUAAAAAAGUACAUGACCUGUUUUGCGCAACGACAGUUUGAAUCCAGGCAUGCACGGCGUCUAUUAUUCUGGUCACAUCCUCUGUUGGUAACAUCAUAUCAUUUCAUCACAACCCAGUUCAGUUUGUACAAAGCUGGUAGUGUUUGCAGCGGUGGCCACACCUCUCCCGCAGCUCCAGAUUGGCCAUUUCUUUCUUCACUGCCUCCACCGAGUUCCGCGUCGCAGAGCAUUUAAGUCCUGCAACAUUUUCUCCAACUUCUACUCUCAGGCUUCAGGAGACCAUCUGCCAUCAUGUCCGAACAAGGAGCUUUCGACACCAACGUGGUCACCGUGACCCGGUUCGUCAUGGAGGAGGGCAGGAAGGCCAAAGGCACCGGGGAGCUGACAACGCUGCUGAACUCGCUGUGCACGGCGGUAAAAGCCAUCUCCUGCGCUGUGCGUAAAGCUGGGAUCGCCCACCUUUAUGGCAUUGCUGGCAGCACCAACGUGACAGGCGACCAGGUGAAGAAGCUGGACAUUCUGUCCAAUGAUCUGAUCAUCAACAUGAUCACGUCGUCUUUUACCUCCUGUGUGCUGGUGUCCGAGGAGGAUGAAAAAGCCAUCAUUAUAGAGCCAGAAAAGAGGGGUAAAUACAUUGUGUGCUUUGAUCCUUUGGACGGCUCCUCCAACAUCGACUGUCUCGUCUCCAUUGGAACCAUCUUCGCCAUCUACAAAAAGACCACAGAUGAUGAACCCUGUGAGAAGGACGCCCUGCAGCCUGGCAGGAACCUUGUGGCAGCAGGCUACGCCCUGUACGGCAGUGCCACCAUGAUGGUGCUCUCCACCGGCCAGGGAGUCAACUGCUUCAUGCUUGACCCAUCCAUUGGUGAGUUUAUCCUGGUUGAUCGGGAUGUGAAGAUGAAGAAGCGAGGCAAGAUUUACAGCUUGAAUGAGGGUUAUGCAAAGCACUUUGAUCCCGCUGUCACGGAGUACCUGCAGAAGAAGAAGUUCCCUGAGGAUGGCACUGAGCCCUACGGUGCCCGUUAUAUCGGCUCCAUGGUGGCAGACGUCCACCGAACGCUGAUGUAUGGAGGCAUCUUUUUGUACCCAGGAAAUGUGAAGAGCCCCGAUGGAAAGCUGCGGCUGCUGUACGAAGGUAACCCCAUGGCCUACAUCGUGGAGCAAGCGGGCGGCAUGGCGUCCACCGGCCUCGAGUCCAUCCUGGACAUCCAGCCUAAGAACAUCCAUCAGCGGGCUCCUGUGGCUCUGGGAUCUUCCGAGGACGUUCUGGAGUACAUCGCCAUCUGCAAGAAACAUGCCAAGAAGUGAGACUGCUCCGACUCUCCGUCUCACAGCCAUCACUGUCUGGCAAGAAACCUCAUAUCUCCAAACUGUCUGCUUUCAAAGAGCUGAGGAAGUUGGUCUGACUUUCAGCUUGAUGUAUGUGUAUUUUUGAUCAUGUAUUGUGGAGUGAAACCCAAAACAUGUCAGGGAAUUUUCUCCGUUAAACAACCAAAGUUAGAGUUAUGAGGUUUUCAUGUCAUGCCAUAAAUAUUCUUUAUGAAUGAAACGAAUGAAUGGUGGUUCAGUGGAAACAUGGAAACUGUGGUUCAUGAGCUCAGUAAACAAACGCACACAUUCCACCAAAAACAAAGACACCAAAACUGUGCCAAAGAUAAAAGACAAAUGCACUCAAACUAAACCUGAAGACUUUUCCUCCUCACUUGUGCCUUAACUAUGAUGCACAUGCUUUCUAGACAUGUGAAGGACCAAAUAUAAACCUCUGUACAACAUCAUUUGAUGCCUAUUUGUUAUGUGAACAACUGCUGUCUGGAAUGAUGAAGUCUCUCAAUAAACCGACAUGAGUCUAAGG